AUGCUCGAUUUAUUCUCCGUGCCCGUGUUCGUCGUCGUCUUCCGUGAGACCCUCGAGACUGCUAUCAUCGUCUCGGUGCUACUGGCCUUUCUGAAACAGACGCUCGAUGGAUCUCAGCGCGAUGCUGGUAUUUAUAAAACCUUGCGCACACAGGUCUGGCUUGGAACGGGCUUAGGUCUUGCGUUGUGUCUCAUCGGCUCUGGUAUAAUUAUCGGGAUAUUUUAUAUUCUUGGUAAUGAUACUUGGGCUGAUCAUGAGUAUUACUACGAGGGAGUGUUUUCGCUCAUUUCUGCUGUAAUUAUCACCAUCAUGGGCGGUGCGUUGUUGCGUGUUGGUAAGAUGGAGGAUAAAUGGCGGGCGAAGUUGGCAAAGGCGAUUGAGGCACCAGUAACAACUCAAGGAAAACGAGCGUGGCUGGUCAAUCUCUUUGAGAAGUACGCCAUGUUUGUGUUGCCCUUUAUCACUGUUCUUCGUGAAGGUAUCGAGGGCAUCGUUUUCGUCGCUGGUGUCUCAUUCUCUGCACCCGCUUCUGCCGUUCCUCUCCCCGUCCUAAUGGGAUUGAUGCUAGGCGGCCUUGUCGGUUAUGCCCUCUAUCGGGGCGGUUCAUCUGCGAAACUGCAAUAUUUCCUCGUCGCUUCAACGUGUCUUCUCUACCUCGUCGCAGCAGGUCUCUUCUCCCGCGCAAUCUGGCUCUUUGAGCAACAGCAGUGGAACAAGGUUGUCGGCGGCGAUGCUGCGGAACUCGGAGAUGGUCCUGGAUCAUACGAUAUCGACCGGAGUAUCUGGCACAUCAACCUCAACGGCGGUGGAGGCUGGGCUAUUCUCAAUGCUGUGGUCGGAUGGAACAAUUCUGCUACGUAUGGAUCUGUGCUUGCCUACAACCUGUACUGGGUUUUUGUGAUUGCGCAAUUUUCGCUCAUGUCGUUCAAGGAGGAUCACGGACAUUACCCAUUGCUCAAGGAGGAGGGCACAAGGACUGAUUAA